AUAAAGUCAUAUAGCUGCGCGGUGCAGUGGACGAAUGUGGUCCUGGCGAGUUAGCGUUACUGAGUGAAAAAAACUUCGUGAAAAUGGAGGAACUUGGAGAAGAUGAGCUUAAAAAGCUCGAAUACUUGUCUUUGGUUUCUAAAGUUUGCACAGAACUCGACAACCAUCUGGGAAUAAGCGAUAAAGAUCUAGCGGAGUUUGUCAUCAGUUUAGCGGAGAAAAACCCGACGUUUGAUGCCUUCAAAUCAGUCCUUUUGAAGAAUGGCGCUGAAUUCAUGGACUCUCUCAUUGGUAAUUUACUUCGUCUCAUCCAAACGAUGCGGCCACCAUCAAAAACUUCACCGAGUAAAGUUGAACCAGUUGUUAAACCGAGGUCAGAAAAGGAGAAGCUGCGAGAGCUGUUCCCCGGUUUGUGCCGACCUGACAACCCUCCUAAAGUGCUGGAUGAAGAUGACGUUAAGAUAGCUGCUGAUGCCAUGAAAGAGCUGGAGAUGUUCAUGCCCAGUAGCGGCGGACCAGACUUGAAAAGCAGCAAGAAAAAGUCCGACACUGGAACCAGCAAGAGGAGGAGGAGCAGGAGCCGAAGUAAAGACAGAGAUCGGAAUAGGGACCGAGACAGAGAUCGGGAUAGGGACCGGGACAGAGAUCGGGAUAGGGGUCGGGACCGAGACAGAGAUCGGGAUGGGGGAAGAGACAGGGACAGGGAAAGAGACAGAGAUCGGGAUCGCGAUGGGGGCAGAGACAGGGUCAGGGAAAGAGACAGAGAUCGGGAUCGGGAUGGGGGAAGGGACAGGGAUAGAGACAGAGAUCGGGACCGAAGGCGAUAUAAUCGCUCCCGGUCCAGGUCUCAGUCACGGGACACGGAUAGGGAGCGCAAACAAGAGAGACCCAGGGUAAAGGAAAGCCGAUUCCGCUCCAAGAGUCGCUCCAGCAGCCCACAGAAGGACUCGGAUCGCUGGAAGGACAAACACGUGGACAGGCCUCCUCCAGAAGAGCCCUCCGUGGGAGACAUCUAUAGCGGCAAAGUCACCAGCAUCAUGCAGUUCGGUUGCUUUGUGCAGCUCGAAGGACUGAGGAAACGCUGGGAGGGCUUGGUUCACAUCUCUGAGCUCCGGCGAGAGGGCAGAGUGGCCAAUGUGGCAGAUGUAGUUAGCAAAGGUCAGAGGGUGAAGGUCAAGGUGCUGUCCUUCACUGGCUCCAAGACCAGUCUCAGCAUGAAGGACGUAGACCAGGACACAGGAGAGGACCUUAACCCCAACCGACGCAGAAAUGCUGAACCUGAGGAGACAGCCAUGAGGAACCCUGACCGACCCGUCAACCUCAACUUGGGCCAUGCACCUGAACUGGAGGACGAUAGCCUGGAGCGCAAGAGGCUAACCAAGAUAUCAGACCCUGAGAAGUGGGAAAUCAAACAGAUGAUUGCUGCCAAUGUAUUGUCCAAAGAGGAGUUUCCUGACUUCGACGAGGAAACUGGUAUCCUUCCUAAAGUGGACGACGAAGAAGAUGAGGAUCUGGAAAUUGAGCUUGUUGAAGAGGAGCCACCCUUCCUGAGGGGACACACUAAACAAAGCAUGGAUAUGAGUCCUGUCAAAAUAGUCAAGAACCCGGACGGCUCUCUGUCCCAGGCCGCCAUGAUGCAGAGCGCUCUGGCCAAGGAGCGGAGGGAGGUGAAGCAGGCCCAACGCGAGGCUGAGAUGGACUCCAUCCCCAUGGGCCUCAACAAGCACUGGGUGGACCCCCUGCCUGAUGUUGAUGGCAGGCAGAUCGCAGCCAACAUGAGGGGCAUUGGCAUGAUGCCCAACGACAUCCCUGAGUGGAAGAAGCACGCCUUUGGAGGAAACAAGGCCUCCUACGGGAAAAAGACCGCAAUGUCCAUCGUGGAGCAGAGGGAGAGUCUGCCCAUCUACAAGCUCAAGGAGCAGCUCAUUCAGGCGGUCCAUGAUAACCAGAUCCUGAUUGUGAUCGGUGAGACGGGCUCUGGGAAGACCACUCAGAUCACACAGUACCUGGCUGAGGCGGGCUACACCACCAGGGGGAAGAUCGGCUGCACCCAACCCAGAAGAGUGGCCGCCAUGUCUGUGGCCAAGAGGGUGUCUGAGGAGUACGGUUGCUGUCUGGGACAAGAGGUCGGCUACACCAUCCGUUUUGAAGACUGCACCAGUCCAGAGACGGUCAUCAAGUACAUGACAGACGGUAUGCUGCUCAGAGAAUGUCUCAUUGAUCCAGACCUUGGCCAGUAUGCCAUCAUCAUGUUGGACGAGGCCCACGAGAGGACCAUCCACACAGAUGUUCUCUUCGGCCUACUCAAAAAGACUGUUCAGAAACGCACGGAUAUGAAGCUGAUCGUCACGUCUGCCACGCUGGACGCCGUCAAGUUCUCCCAGUAUUUCUAUGAGGCGCCCAUCUUCACCAUUCCCGGUCGAACAUACCCCGUGGAGGUGCUCUACACCAAAGAGCCGGAGACGGACUACCUGGACGCCAGUCUGAUCACGGUCAUGCAGAUCCACCUGACUGAGCCCCCAGGUGACGUUCUGGUGUUCCUCACGGGUCAGGAGGAGAUCGACACGGCCUGUGAGAUUCUGUACGAGCGCAUGAAGUCUCUCGGGCCAGAUGUUCCUGAGCUCAUCAUCCUCCCUGUGUACUCUGCUCUGCCCAGCGAGAUGCAGACCAGGAUCUUCGAUCCAGCACCCCCUGGAAGCAGAAAGGUUGUCAUUGCCACCAACAUUGCAGAGACCUCCCUGACCAUCGAUGGGAUCUACUAUGUGGUGGACCCUGGUUUCGUGAAGCAGAAAGUGUACAAUUCUAAGACUGGUAUUGACCAGUUGGUGGUAACUCCAAUCUCUCAGGCCCAGGCUAAGCAGCGUGCAGGCAGAGCCGGCAGAACUGGCCCGGGGAAAACCUACAGGCUGUACACAGAGAGAGCUUACAGAGACGAGAUGCUCACCACCAACGUGCCUGAGAUCCAGAGAACCAACUUGGCCAGUACUGUGCUGUCUCUCAAGGCUAUGGGCAUCAAUGACCUGCUGUCCUUUGACUUCAUGGACGCCCCUCCCAUGGAGACCCUUAUUACAGCCAUGGAGCAACUCUAUACUCUGGGAGCCUUGGAUGAUGAGGGACUGCUCACACGUCUUGGUCGCAGGAUGGCAGAGUUUCCCUUGGAGCCCAUGCUGUGUAAGAUGUUGAUCAUGUCGGUGCAUCUGGGCUGCAGUGAGGAGAUGUUGACCAUUGUGUCCAUGCUCUCUGUGCAGAAUGUCUUCUACAGGCCAAAGGACAAGCAAGCUCUUGCCGAUCAGAAGAAGGCCAAGUUCCAUCAGCCUGAAGGAGACCAUCUGACCUUACUGGCUGUCUACAACUCCUGGAAGAACAACAAAUUCUCCAAUCCCUGGUGCUACGAGAACUUCAUCCAGGCACGAUCCCUGCGCCGAGCUCAGGAUAUCCGCAAACAGAUGCUGGGCAUCAUGGACCGGCAUAAGUUAGACGUGGUCUCUUGUGGAAAGGCCACGGUGCGUGUGCAGAAAGCGAUUUGCAGUGGCUUCUUCCGUAACGCUGCCAAGAAGGACCCGCAGGAGGGCUACAGAACCCUCAUCGACCAGCAGGUCGUCUACAUCCACCCCUCCAGUGCCCUGUUCAACCGACAGCCAGAGUGGGUGGUGUACCACGAGCUGGUGUUGACCACAAAAGAAUACAUGCGAGAGGUGACCACAAUUGACCCGCGCUGGCUGGUGGAGUUUUCUCCAGCUUUCUUCAAAGUCUCCGACCCCACACGCCUCAGCAAGCAGAAGAAGCAGCAGCGUCUGGAGCCGCUCUACAAUCGCUACGAAGAGCCCAACGCCUGGAGAAUUUCUAGAGCUUUCCGCAGACGAUAGUCUCUCACUUAUUUCGCAUGAGCUGACAGUUGUCCUGUUUAUUGUAAGAGCACUCAAAUGUCACACAAACAUUGUGUGAGAAUGAAGUCCUCCUGUAAAUAAAUGUAAACUUUAUUUUAUUCUCACUUCAAGACAUUUCUCAGAUUGUUGUAGACUAGGAAUGCUUCUUACCUUGGAAUAAUGUUUUUAUCUAGAGCUUAAUUGCUGUCUGUGCUUUUUGUAGAUAAUACAAUGAUAAAGGCCCCAUACUUACCAGUUCACAAAAUGCUGAUGAGCCAUGAGGCCCAAUAAAAUGACCACCGUAUAAAACAGGCCAGCUUCUAAGUGUUGGUACUUGUUUCACUGUUUUGGGUCCUUGUGUUCCUGUGCUUGCAACCUGUGAAACUGCAGUGCCCAUAACAUGCAGAGUCCCUGCAAGGUUUUCUUUUCCUUUUUAAUUAUGGACCAUGUAGAAAUAUUGGUGUACUGUUAUUUUCUCUGUUGAACAGGGUUAAUGUGUUCAAGAAUGUUGUGAACUUGGCCCCUUUCUAUGUUUAUUAAAAUGGUGGCUCUUGAUAUA